AUGAGCGUCGAUCCCCUCUACUGGCUUCCGUAUGACAAAGACGAAAACGCAUACCAGGCGGUGGAUUACUUCGCCAAUAUUGCAGCACCCGCCCUCCGUCCAGUCUACGAAAUAUUCAACAUUACCAGUGUCUACACUUCCCUAUUCCUCGAGUGCAUUACCGAGAGCGAAAGCUUUUACCAUGCGGGCAUUGCCAGACUGUGCGUUACCGCAGACUUGUUAAGGAGUUCUGGAAGAAAGCCCACCUUCUCAGUCCUAUUACAUCAAGCAAAGGCAAUUACCCAUCUGCGGCAUGAGAUCGAGAAAACGACACAACCGACCAAUAUGAUGCUCGCUACCAUUCUGUUUCUCAUUGCUAUCGACAUAGCAAUCGGCCAACAGUCGUCAGCAAACAUGCACCGAAUUAACCUUGCUCGGUUGGUAAGGGCCCGAGGAGGACUGGACGCUCUGGGCCAUGAUGGAUUCGAAAAGGCGACAUUUAUGCAAUUUGACAACAUCUAUUCUCUUGAGCGAGGCCCGAGCACCCUUGUGCCUCCACGACGCUACCGUCCAAAAUACCCACCGUUCCCACUUUCCCCACGGUUUUUUACAAUCAUUAGCGUUUUCCCGGACGGCUUCCAGUGCCUAGCCCGCCACCGCCUACUGCCCCUCGAGAUGAUCGAGUUACUGUCUCGCAUCGCUGCUACCGUUCGCCGCUGUUUCGGCAGCACGGUCUACGUACCUUUCUCCGCAACCGCAAACCCUUUUCACUCAGAGCGACGCAAGUACGACUCAUUUAGCGACGCUUGCCCUUGGCUCCUCGCGCCUGAGGACAAUGUGCACCCCUUGCUCAAACCUCUGACUCUUGCUCUGCUUCUCUGGUGCUGCAAUGCAUACUCUGCAAUCCGCGCCUCUACAGUUGUCUACACCGGCGUUCUCCGUGCUCUAACGAUGCGACUCCUACGAGCGCCCGUCAUCCUAGAGCCUCCUGCGAAUCUGCGCACACAUCUUGCGGAAGCGGCUGACGACGAAGAUUGCAUGUUAUGGGUUUGGAUGGGUAUUGAGGAGGUUUUUCUGGACAGAUGA